AGCCCCAGCCCUCCAUAUAUUUUAGUUAGACAUACCUCCUCCCAAUUCACCAGAGGGAUCUUGGUGUAGUUAGCUUUGGACCCCUAAAGAAAAUUCCUGCAAAUGCUCUGCACCUUCCUCAUGACCUUAGAAGGUAUGAUAAAGAGUUGGCUCCAGAAGACCAAUCUGUCACAUUCUUUCUCCCCUAUCCUUAAUGCUGAUAUUGGGCUCCCAAGGUAUCUGAUAGGGAGGUCUCCUGGGGGGAGGUUUGUUAAUCUUAGUAGCAUCCCUUGGCUUUCUUUCUUUGAUGAAUGCUCCUUGGUUUUGGCUGAUUAUCUCUGGAGUUGCCGAUUCGAAAAAUUGAAGGAAGACAUCGGCUCGAGGCUAAAUGAGAUCCAGGCUUAGACGACGGUGACGGCGGAGCGGUUGUGGAUUUUGAGGGCAUGUUUACUUUCGGCGUUUUUUUUGGAAGAACCAUAGAGACGACAAGAGGGAAGCUCCUCCUUUGACAGUUUUUUUAUUGUGAUUUGAACACGAGAUUUUUUUUUGAAUGGAGAAGUUAAUUUGAGGAUAAAAGAAGGAAAAGAAAAUAGAGGUGAAUAA